CACAGAUAAAAGGGAAACAAAGAGGCGAGAGAGUUGUUUGGUAAAGUGUAAGGGUGGAAGUUGAAGCAUCACGCAUGGGUGGUCAAGCACAGAAGAAAGCAAGAUCAUUACCACAAGAAUUUGGAGAUGAGGACAGGAUCAGCAGAUUACCAGAUGAACUGAUUCACAAAAUCCUCUCAUUUGUAGAUGCCAAAGAAGCUGUUCAGACCAGCGUUCUCUCCAGACGAUGGGAACUUAUUUGGACUACUCUCCCUUUUCUCAGUUUUUGUGGGUAUGAAGCUGUUGCUUCUAGAAAUGUAUGCAAGUUCAUGCGCCAUUUCUUGUCGAAUCGAAACCAUCAAUCCAAAAUCUCUGACUUGAAUUUGUGUGUUAAGAACAAAGGGUUUACCAAGGCUUUAGUUGACAAGUAUGUUAAGUAUGCGAUUUCGCACAAUGUGCGAUCUUUAACUCUUGAAUUAUCAUAUGAUGAUAAACUAUUUAAGUUAUCCGCCUUCAGCUCAAACUCGAUAAGGGAACUUACAUUAAAAGUGAGGUUGGAAGAAUUGAAUUCUUCAAAUUACUGGCAUUGGUCUUUACCUUCUUUAACAACUCUCCACCUCAAGUGUCUUAGUCGUGAGUAUAAAGUUACCAUGAUCUCAAAGUCAUGGUUCAGAUGCUUGCCUGCCCUAACCACUCUGCGUCUUGAUGAUUGGCUUCUAUCAAAAUCAUCUUUUUCUUUCAGAUUGCCAGCUUUAACAACUCUUUGUCUGUCUCAUACUACAUUACCGGAAAAAAGUUGGAAGGAGUUCUCAAAUUUAUUAAGUCUACAAUUAGAGGGUGAAGAUAUUCCCCAUAAUAUUAAUGACAUUUUAUCUGCACUUGUCUGUCUACAAAAUCUUACAUUAUGUCUAAGUUCGGCCAAAGUCCAUUUCAUAUCUUGUCCUCCUCAAUUGUUAAACCUGAGUAUCAGAACCAGCUUCCGCCACCAUAGUUAUGGUUGUAGUAAUAUUGUGGUUUCGGCAGCAAAACUCUGCAACUUCACUUCUUUUGGGAUCUUUACAGCCACAAUUGGCGUUCCUGAGCUGGAGAAUGUAAAUAUAAGGUUACGGGAAUGGUUUGAGAGUUGGCUUGAUAACAUUGACUUGGAACGUAAGAAACAAAACUAUCGGCGUCUAAUAAAUUUGCUUCCAGGACUUAAUUAUGCCAAGAAUCUCACUUUUGACUUGAAGAGCAUUGAGGUACUCAAUGAGAUUUCCAGCCUUCUUGUCGGUUUACCUUCUCCAUUCUUUAAGUUGAAACAUGUGAAGUUACCAAGGGGUUUCGAAGAAUCAACUAUAUCUUGUGCUCUUAGAAGCUAUUUACUUGGUGGCUCUCCUAAUGCUACCUUUGUCACCAAAUUGCCCCAGUCAGGGACGGAAGGAAGGUGGGGGCCUGUGGGUGCCCAGGACCCCAUCAUGCAUUCCGGAUGUAGGAGUAUCUUAAUGAAUAAUGGUGUGGAAGAUUGCAUGAUAGAUGCUGACAGGUUCAGACAUAAUAAUGCUUCAGUGGAAGGGGCAGACAAAGAUCAGGCAAGCUCUUUAAGAGGGAAAAGAGAUUCUGGGUUAUGGCGGAGCUACGAGAAUAACGGUGUGGAAGAUUUCAUGGUAGAUGUUGACAGAGUUAGACAUAUUGAUGCUUCAGUGGAAGGGACAGACAAAGAUCAGGCAAGCUCUUCAAGAGGAAAAAAAGAUUCUGGGUUAUGGCGGAGCCACGAGGUUGAUUCCGAGUUUGUAUGCCUGCUUGAUCGAAUUAUGCAUAAGUAUCCAGAAACCUUUGAGCACUUCACCACAAAAAACAGGAAGUUAUGUACAAUGAAUCUGAAUAUGUUGUGCACCUCACUGAAUGACUUUUUCAAAAUCACUAUGGCUAAUGUUGAUUUGGAAAUAAUUGGGGGGUACAGGGAAGUAUUUUCCUACUUGCAAAAUCAGGGUUUCAACGUAAGUUGGGUCGUGGACCGCCUGAACUAUAUAGAACAUCUUCGGUUUUCAAAACCCCUGAUUAAUGAGCUUCACUCAAUUGACUGUCAUAUUGAUGAUACUAAAACUAAUCUACAAGAGCUGCAGGCUCGUGCUGAUGAUGCCAAAGUUAAAUUACUAGAUUUGCUGGCUUGUGUGGAUGAUGCCAAAGUUAAAUUGCAUGAUAAGCAGACUCUUCGCAUGGAGAAGUUGUCAGAAAUUGAGAAAGCCUUUGGAACUAAGAGUACUAACCUUCUUGUUGGUUGCAUUGGAGAUGAUCUACUCUCUAAUCCUUAACUUUAGUGGUUUUCUUCUAUGUUUGAAAGUUUUUUGGAUGUCUUGGUAUAUCGUCUUCUGUCUAAUCAGAAACUCUUAAGCACUUUAGAAGUAUUUUGCUUACUGACAUUGUAUCGAAUUUGUUUAUCUUAUUUCAUUUCAAAACAAUUAUCAUGAAACUGCUUCAAUGCUUGUUUUGUAUCAUAUAAGAUGUUUCACUUCACACAAGAAGUUCAUAGCUUAUUGUAUUAUAUAACAUGUGAUUAUAUACGAUUAUUUUGAAAGAGCCUGUAGAAACCUAUGAGGAUUUCACUAGAAGCAAGUUAUCCUGUAUACUUACACAUUGGCAUGAGAUAACAAUUAAGUGAUGUUACUCAAGUUGAUGUGGAUUGAAUGAUGAGAAUAUUCAACCACCAGCUCCAGUGUCCACUCACUACGCCAGCUCUUCUCUGAUCGACAGCUCCUCUUCCACUCUUCCUUCGUGAAGAUACUCAAGAAUCCUGUGGCAUUUGCAGAUCGAGUUUAAAUUUGUUUUUG